CUGCCAGGCUGCCCGAUCCAUCUUGCAGCGCUUGAUGCAUAUUAGUUUCCCCGGCCGCCUUCAGUAUAUGCCUUAUGGCGACUGGUUGUGCUAUUCUCCUAGGCAAUGGCAGCAGCAGCAGAAGUGCAGGCCUUGCUGCGCUUCCUGACGAAAGAUGCCAAACUUCCUUUGGCUGAGGCCAUGUCAAAGAUCAAUGGUCUACGAAAAGAACAAUUGAAUACUCCGGAGAACAUCUCCAGAGCCAAUGAAGCCACUCUUAAAUCUAUCUUUACUGAUGAAAAAGUUCUAAAGCAGGUUCUCAAUGCAGCUAAGAGAGUUUCGAAUCCUAAGAAACGUUCUUCUACCCAGGCGGAUUCAUCUGCUCCGAAGCGGGUCAAAGCAGAACCAGGUGUUGCAAACGAGGAGUCCUCACUUGAAUUUCCAAAAACUGCGUUGACACUUGAGGAAAUUGAAAGCCUCACAAUCGAGACGAACCGAGCUCCUCUCUUUCUUGCCUUCACCAUCGCAAUGCUCUCAUAUACCCACUCAGAGCAACCUUUGUCCAGUCGCUGGAGCCUCGCCCAGGCCGUUGUUAGUGCAGGAGCUCAGAGCAAGGCCAAAUACUUGGGACUUACAUCUGGCCCGACAGCAGAAGAAGAUGGAUGGGCUCAAGGUCAGCCGAAAAUCAAGAUCAUGGGUAGAGAAAUUGCUGUUAUGAGAAGACACGUCGUAGCACAGUCCGAUGACCACAACAGUCCAAGUACGGCAUUCUGGGGGUUGGAUCUCGAAGCCCUUCGCAGGUCAAAUGGACCAUUGAUUGGUCCUAGAGAUGGGCAUAGACAAAACGGCCCCCCUAUUCACCAGCCUUCUGCGCCUCGAAAUUAUUUGUUGAAGUCGAUGGUGGUGAUUGAAUCGGAUGACGCACAGACUGAGGAAGGAAAAACACAGAAACAAGGCAACAAGCCGUCACCAAAGAGCAUGGCUGGCAAGAAAGAAGAGGCUGCUGCAAUUAUGCUUAAAGCCAUCGACGCCGUCUGUCAAAGUUGGGCCUCCACUCUCAGCGACGAAGACCUUGACCGAAGAGCUCAAGCGUGGUACAUGCUGGUCAGACCUGAGGUAGAGCAAGGGCAGGCUGGCUGGGGACAGAGGGGCAAAGUGCAUCUCAAAGAUAUACUGAAGUUGAAGAAUGGAUGACCGAGCAAGUGAGGUUAUUUAUAUUGAACCAGCUACGGGAUGAUCAUGCUCAAGAAGACGGUAUAACAAUCCAGUUCCCGACAACGCCAAAUACCGAUUCAGCGACGAGCGCAAGGUGGUGUUACAACAGUGAAGGACGCAUCCUGCAACGGAUAGCACAUCUACUGUCCUCCCGCAGCAUUCUGGUCUGAUGAAUUCCCGGCUGAUUUAGGCCCAACAUCACCUACGUUGAUCAGCCAUGCCAACACUGAGGUCGAUCUGGACUUACCUUGCCAAAACUUUUUGUCUACCUUGUUAUCCUCCUCUGCAAGUUGAUUGACAGAUCGCUCAUGUCUUUGCUCCAUCUCCUCGUUGUGCUUUCUCACUUCAGGAUUGUCUUUCUCCGCGGCUGACUCGGGACGGUGGAUAGCUGGACUUCCACGGUCGCUUCCAGUGUCAGAUUUUUCCGUUGACUGUGCUUGGGAUGAGCCCGAUGAGGAUGCAGUUCCCAUAUUGGCUGGGGCUUCGGGUCCAGGAUGCUCUAGAUGGGAUUUUGGGUUCUUCUGGUCCCGGCCCUGCUCCAUUCCAGACUGUUCGCUGCCAUAAUCUUGGUGUGCGAGUCUUCGUGGUUGCGCAGCAUAGAAGACGCCCGCUUGACGAAGGACGUGUGGUGUCCUCGGUGUUCGCGAUGCUAGACGAAGAAUUGGCUGCAUUUUGGGAAUUGGUUCAUCGAUCAAUAUGUUACGAUGAUCAAGAGUACUGUAAUGAUUUCCUGAGGACAAAUAUCUAUAGUAUCCUAGUCUACAAGUAGGAGGGGUUGAUUACAUGGCUGAGCAAAAAAUGUCAUGGAUGCGACUUCUCGAUGCGUGGAAUUGCCAUGACCUCAUUGAAUGC